UAGGUUUCCGAAAUCUCAGUAACAUUAUGGGCGUGGUCGCAAAGGAAAACGCGUAAAAAAUGCGAGAAAGAUUUUUUAUGAUUUAAUAUAGGUUUCUGACUUGUGAGAGACUUAUGUCUUUCUUUUGCUUUAUUCACAAUGAUCAAUCAUGAUAUAUCUGAAGAAAUUUCAUUUUUAAAGAAUAAAAAAAACCAAUCUUGCCAAUUUAAUGGGAAAAAAGAUAUGGUUUAUAAAGAUGCUUAUACUUCAAUGACAAGUGGUGAAAGUUCUCCUCAAAAUCUUUUUAAAAAAGAAGCUGAAGAGGAAGAUUAUCACAAAAGCACAAAAAUUAUUUAUCCUCGUAAUUAUGAAACUCCACCUGAAUUAGAUCCACAAAAAUGUAUUCACUGCAUUGCUGCUGCAGCAGCUAGAAGAGCUCUUAGUGAAAGUAAAGGUUUUACAACUUCUAUUUCUUCAUCUCAGUUAUAUGCUUCAUCUUCAAAGAUGUUCCCGAAUGGAACACCAUCAAUGGUUGAACGUCAAAUAAGGCCCAGACCUCCCUAUUUAAAUUACAGCUCAGAGGAUUUGAAAUUAACAAAUACUCGGCAUAGUACUGCCUACUCUGGCAUAGUUUCAACGCAAUCAUUUAUGGUCAUUAACCCAAACCCUGUUUAUGUUAUCAAACCUCCAGUGAUUAGUUCGACGAUACCUGUUUACUCUGCCACAGUUAAAGGAAAUUGUUCAUCUGUUUCUCAGAGACUUUCAAAACGUCGUACUCAUCAAUGCUCUUUUAAUGGCUGUGAUAAGAUUUACACUAAAUCUUCUCACUUGAAAGCACAUAUGCGUACGCACACGGGUGAAAAGCCUUAUAAAUGUUCGUGGGAGGGUUGUACAUGGAAAUUCGCACGAUCAGAUGAGCUGACGAGGCAUUAUCGGAAACAUACUGGAAUGCGACCCUUUAAAUGUACAAGAUGUGAGCGUUCAUUUUCACGUUCUGAUCAUCUUUCCCUUCAUAUGAAAAGACACGCUGGUGAAGCAAAGUCUUCGCCUUUUGAUUUAUCAAACCAAAAUUAAUUUUUUUUAAAUAAUUAAAUAGAAUUUUGGUUUUUUCAUCACUAUAUAUUCAAGAUAUUGUAAUGUAUUUGGUUUUCAAUUACAGU